UAUUCUGCUGGAGCUGGAGAUAUGAAGUGACGCCUGCCUGACGCACCUGACAAACCGCAACACAUCGAACCGUCCACCUUGGCAAGGCAACACCACCGCAAGACGAGCAUUACCAUCACCGCAAGGGAAACGACCCGACGACGCAUUUCUGGGCUCGCCGGACUCGGAGCUUUUCGCAACCCCCUUCGGACCUAGGAUCAGUCACAGCCAGGAGGAGAUCGGCAGACGGCGCGGACCAUCGUUUUGGACCAGCGACCAACUCUCAGCACGCAAGACGGGACAAGCCAAAAACGGUCCAAGAACCAAGGGAAACCAUCCAGGAUUACACGAUCCUCGCACUGGCGCAAACCGCAAUCAUGGCGGACAUCCAAGAACAGCCCCCCGCCGAACGAAAGUCUCGCAAGUCCGUCGCCUUCACCGACGAACAAGUAGUUGUCGACGCCGACGGCUCAGUCACCAUGGUGAACGCUACCGAGGAGCCCAAGGAGACGGCCCAGUCGCACACGCCUCGUACGCCGCCGCUGUCCGCCGCCCUGGGUGCCUUUGCUGAUCUCUCAUCUCAAGCCGGCGCCGUCGACGAUGCACCCCCCGCUGAGGAUGGCGGCCUCGACCUGUCCCUCCUGAAGAAGAAGAAGAAGAAGUCCAAGAAGCCCGAGGACGGCGAUGCCCCCGCCGAGGAUGACGACGCCGCCGCCGCCGAGGAUGGCGGCCUCGACCUCUCCAUGAAGAAGAAGAGAAAGAAGGUCAAGAAGGACGCCGCCGCCGACGACGACUUCGCCGCCAAGCUCAAGCAGCUCGAGGUCAAGGACACAGACGAGGCUCCCGAGGUUGAGGAGCAGACGGGCGACAUGGACGCCGGCACCGGCAUCUGGGCCCACGACGAGACCAAGGCCAUCGGCUACAGCCUCCUGCUCGAGCGCUUCUUCAGCCAGCUGUCCCAGAAGAACCCCGACCACGCCCUCAGCGGCACCAAGAGCUACAAGAUCCCCCCUCCCCAGUGCAUGCGCGAAGGCAACAGGAAAACCGUCUUUGCCAACAUUGCCGACAUUUGCAAGCGCAUGAAGCGUACCGAGGAGCACUUGACCGCCUACCUGUUUGCCGAAUUGGGCACCAACGGCUCCGUCGACGGCAGCAGGAGACUGGUCAUCAAGGGCCGCUUCCAGCAGAAGCAGAUUGAGAACAUGGUCAGGAAAUACAUUAUCGAAUACGUCACCUGCAAGACUUGCAAAUCUCCUGACACCGAGCUCAGCAAGGGUGAGAACCGUCUCUACUUCAUCACUUGCAACAACUGCGGAUCCCGACGAAGUGUCACGGCCAUCAAGACCGGUUUCUCGGCCCAGGUCGGCAAGAGAAGAAAGAUGAAGGUCUAAGCUGCGGCAACGCGCACGCACGCUCCCGGUGUCGCCAUGAGUUCUCGCUACACCCCUCUAUGGCCGCCGUUCCCCCGCGUGCCCCCAUUCUCCGCAGUCUCAUCUUUUCCCAUGGCUACUCGUUUCGCCGCUCGUUUGGUUUAGAAAGCGACUCAUCUCGUGGCUCGGGCCUCGGGAGGACGAGGCAUAGGCAUUAGGCAUAGGCAUUUGGAGGAAAGGGGGGUCAAGGCGUCUGGGUGGUAUCCAAAAAAGUUGCUCUACCGGAUGAUGGAGGUGGUGGUGUUAGGUUGUUGAUGAUGUCAAGGACGGCUAGGGAUGGUGGCGGCAGUCGCCGUUUCUUACGAGAUAUGGGGAGCCUGGCCCGGGCACAUUUUUGUGGUUCUGGCCGUACAUAACGCCGAAAUGAUACUAGUCGACACCA